AUUGUUCUGCCAUUUCUGUCUUUUGGCUUCUGAUCGGUCUCUGCUUCACAGGACAUACGUUUAAUGGUUGCCUUGAAGUCUUGAAGACCAUUGAAAUCUGGUCUCUAUGACUGUCUUUAGGCAUUCAUUUUUGGUUCCUUCUUUAAUGGACUCUUGGUCCUAGAGAUCUGCGUCUGUAAUUCUUUAGGUCUUUCAACCCCUUUUGAGGGGGGGGGGACAAGAAGAGCGGUCUUUUAAUUGCAUGCAGAGAUGCAGGAAGUGGAGUCCGAAACCGGGUCGUCUGUGGAUCUCCAGGUUUCUGCGGUGCCAGCAGCUGAUACGCGGGGUAAGCAUCGGAUUCUCGCCGAACUGAAGCGACUUGAGCAGGAAACUAGAUUCUUAGAGCAAGAACUGGAAGAGCUUGAGAAAACAGAGAAAGUAUCAGCUGCAUGCCAGGAGGAUUCUGAAUUUCAUUUGGUGUCCACCAGAUUGUUGCUCAAUGUAGGAACCAAACCGGAUCCACUAUUACCAGAAACUGUUGGCCCUACCAACCCAACCUGGGAUAGAUGGUUUGAAGGCCCACAAGAAUCACAAGGUUGCAACUGCUGGAUACUCUGAGAACUCAUUUUGAAUUUUGUAGUUAUUUCUAACCAGUUUUGAAAGGGAUAUUAUCUUGCAUUACUUGUUCCGUGUCAGAUGUUGUUUAACACACAUUGUGUAAGAAAUGAAAAUCUUUACUUGCUUUGAAGCCAAUCAAAGUAAAAAUUACAUUCU